AUGGAGUUCUCCAAGAAAUUUGAAACAGCUCCUGAAUGCUGGAUCAAUGCACGAACCUGGCCCUGUCCAGGUAAAGAGCGCAAGCCCCUUCUGGUCCUCCUCCACUACUGGGGAGGCUCAACGGAGACCUGGCAUAGGCUCACCGAGCUGGACUCACCGACAUCACUUAGCGCCAUCUAUCCCACCGUUGCAAUUGACCUUCGCGGCUGGGGAGAGUCGAGUCAACUACCGUCUAGCAUGGCAGUUGAUUCUGCCCAGGCAUUUUCUAUCAAAGCGAUGGCCUUCGAUGUAGGCACAGUCUUGCAGAGAAUGAAGUCCGACGCGGAUACGAAGGGUAUGUUUGACCACGGUUUCAUUCUAGUUGGACACUCCAUGGGGGCGAAGGUUGCCCUCGCAACUGCGAGUAACCUGCAUCAGCUAUUCCCUGAGCUCAAGGGGUUCGUCCUGAUUGCACCAGCACCAGUCACCCCGAUGAUCCUGCCUCCCGACAUUAUCAAGAUGCGGCAGGCUGCGUAUGACUGUGAGGCGCAUGUCCGGGGUGCUAUGGCACAUGAUCUCGCCCAGGAGGGUAUGCUUUCAGCCUCUGAUGCGGACUUGGUGGUUCGUGGCAGCUUGAAAGGGCAUCCUUUGGCCAAGAAAUCCUGGCCUGGUUAUGCGAUGCAGGAGGAUGUUUCCGAGCUUGUGAGAGGUGCGCUGGGACAAGCACGCCGUGCGGACUCGCCGCUUAAAGCGGUGGUGAUCUAUGGCGGAAAUGACCCUGUUGAACCGAAGGAGCGAGUGAUGGGUGAGGUGGUUCCUUUUCUGGAGAAAUGUGGGGUUGAUAUCAUCAGUGCCAAUGGUGCCGAGAACGCGAAGCAUUUAAUCCCUCUUGAAAGCCCGGAAAUGGUUUACAAUCAGAUUUCCCGCGGAUUUAACUGA